AUUAGCAGCCGAUCUGCCGAGAAAACUACUGGACGGUACAGUUAACAUGCAAGAACUUCCACUUGACGCUGUUGGUGCUGCGGUACGAACCUCUGACGAAAAGUUGAAGACAAACACGGUAGCAUUCCGCAUAUCUAUAUGGCGUUUCCUCUUGUGCACCUUGCCACUUGUCCUUUGUGCAGUUGCUUCAAUAACAACGGUCCAUGUCUGCAAGAAUCAAGGUUUCGUUUACGGGGCUGCCAUCGCUGCGAUGUGGGCUGUGAGAAUAUACCUGUUUAAUUUUUGUCUCGUCGUGGCGAUGAUUGUUUUGUUCCUAGUAUUGCUUGCGCCGUUCUGUAGCGAGAGAGAAGAGACAAAGGCACUGAUAGUGAGAACUAUAUUUAACGCUAUCAACAUUUUUAAUGUUUUCUUGUCAAUAAUUUUGACCGUGGUUGUAAUCUGUAUUGUAUCUCUUGAACGUAGAAAAUAUGAUAUUGGCAAAGAUCUGUAGGUAUCAUUUGGUUAUCUUUGUAAAGAUAAAAGAAAACAGAAAAUGGCAAGCAUUUUAUGGUUUUAUAAUAGAAAUCAAUUUUAAAAUCAAGGUCAUGAUACAAUGAAUUCAUCAAAUCUUUGACGCAUUAAUCAGUGAAUAGACUUGCUAUAUUUUUUCACAAGUUUUCUCCUGAGUCUCACCCAUUGUGACGUCACAAAACUAUAAGGAAAAACAUUUUUCUAUGAAUUAAAUGUAGACUACUAUAAGAUUUUGUAUCUAUAUAUUUACAUACCUAUAUCUGUGUUAUAUAUGUAUAUAAGUGCCUUAUGUGAAAGUCUAAGAGUUUAAUACAAUAGCAUAUGUACAUAUUUAGUCAUAUUUCAAUAACCCGCUACACCUGAACAUAUAUAUUUUUUACAUUUAUAAGUCCAUACCUGUUAAGUCUGAUGUACAUGUUCACUGCUUUCCAAAAGUACCUCAAACUAUUGAAAAUGGUAAAAACCUUAUUUUAAAGUUGACUUGCAUUUAGAAAAAUGCAUAACCAUGUUUCAUCGUUCUUAUAGAUUCUUUUCCUUUCUAUGGUGCACACUUGUAUAUGGGUAACUAGAAGAUAGGAAUCUGCAGAAAUCUGCAGCAGUUUCAGCUUCCUAUCACUUGUUACACGGUAAACAUGAAUUUGAUGUCUUACCAAUGACAUUAUUUGUAUUGUAUAACCAAAUGUGCUUAAUAACAUUUGAGUGUGUCGGUUGUAAAAUAAUUUAAGUUACAAUAUUUUCGACUCCGACUCAAGUUUAGAAUGGUCAUACAUGUAUGUAUAACUGUAUAGGGAAUUGACAGCAGCCGUCGAGGCACAUUGUAGUAUCUCAUAUAUAUAAUUGUAAAUAUGAGUACAAUAUCGAUGAUGGUGAGGAAUACUUUAUCUAGAAAAUAAAUAUCAUCAUUCA